AUGUUAGGGCGGUUUAGCAGGCUAAUUCCCUCCCGGAUCCCGUCAUCAAGCCUCACAGCUCGUUUUCGCGCAUUAUUACCUUCAAAUGCGUGCGGACAUUUUCUGCAAACUUCCUCCCUGUCUACGGAUGUUACUAAACUGCCAUUAACAGAAGCCCUGCCGACCCGUCCUUCACAGGAGGCAUCUUCGAAAUUCGAGGACGAGUCAGAUGUAAAAAUGACCACCCUUAAAAACGGUCUUCGUGUCGUUUCCCAAAAUAAAUUUGGAAUGCACUGCACAAUUGGGGUUAUGGUCUCUGCUGGGCCCCGUUUUGAAAUCAACCACGUAAAUGGAACUUCACACUUCAUCGAGAAGUUGGGUUUUCAUUCUACUGAUGCAUACAAGGAUCGUGACGCAGUUCAGGCCGAACUUGAAAAUUGCAGUGCUAUAUUCGACUGCCAAAUCGCAAGAGACUUCACUGUCUAUGCGAUUUCUGGAAUCAGCAAACACUUAAAAACGCUUGUACAUGUGCUUUCUGAAACUACUCUUCGUCCAAAAAUAACAGAGAAGGAGGUGGAAAUGGCCGCCAAAGCCGUCGGAUUCGAGUUGGCUACCCUGGAAAUGUCACCGCCGGUAGAACCGAUCCUCAACGAACUCCUUCAUUCGGCCGCUUACGGUGGUAUUAACACAUUAGGCCUGGCUCGCUAUUUGUUCACAGCUAUUACGAUUUCUUGUUAUCUUAUCUGCAGACCAGAGCGCUGCGUUCUGGUCGGCGUUGGUGUAGAUCACGAAGAGUUCGUACGCUUCGCAGAGCAGUCCUUCAUCCCCUGGGAGACGUCCUAUGGGAAGGAAAUCUCUGGUUCUACCCUUAUUGCUCCAGAUCAGUCCACUCCAGUGUACUUUGGUGGCGAGUUGUCGGUUCACCGCGACUUGUCGCAGUACCACGCUCCUAUGCCUGAAUACGCACACUGUGCAAUCGGCCUGGAGGCCUGUGGCUCGAAGGAUGCCCAGUUCGUCACCGCUUGUCUCCUCAACUCGCUUCUCGGUGGUGGCGGCUCCUUCUCGGCCGGUGGUCCUGGCAAGGGCAUGUACUCCCGUCUCUACUUAAACGUCCUCAAUCAAUAUCAUUGGGUGAAUUCAGCUCAGGCGGCCAACCAUGCCUAUGCAGAUACUGGUCUCUUUGCGAUUACGGGCAGUUGCGAACCCGAGAAUCUGCAUCACCUUGUGAAGGUUCUAAUCAGUGAAAUACGUCACACUGUUGAGGCUCCUAUCAAUGCGAACGAACUGCAGCGCGCGAAGAAUCAACUCGAAUCCAUGCUUUUGAUGAAUCUGGAAAUGCGACCUGUGGCCUUCGAGGACAUAGCGCGACAGGUUCUGGCAUCCGGCGAGUGGAAACCCGCGGAGUACUGGGUUCAAGAGAUUAACAAAGUCACGUCGGACGACCUACAGGAGCUCAUGAGCCGGAUGUUGAAGUCACCGCCUACGAUGGUGGGUUACGGUAAAAUGGAAAAGUGGCCUUCUUACUCAGAAGUCACUCAGGCUCUUGGUGCUCCACUAAAGCCGUCAAAAUCCUUCUCCGAUCGUUUCCCCACCAUCUUCAAACGGUUCGUUUAA